AUGGAUGAAGUAGCAAUGAUUCGAAAAAGAUUUGGAGAUGAACAAAGCACUCUCUUAGACCAAUUUGAGAGGCUAUCUUUUGAGACACAACUCAACAAAGCAAUGUUACAAAGAAGUUUAUCAGAGCCAAGAUAUCUAAGGUCAGUGUCUCAACAACCAAGACUUGUUAGUGUUGCUCCAACAACAAUUCCUCUUGUGAAUCAGGUGAAGCAAGGACGAAGGUGUCGCGGUUCCGGUUUUCGAAAGGUGGUUAAGAAAUUGUUGAAACCUUUUCUUGGUAGAAAAAAUGGAGCAAGAAAAGAUGUUGAGUUUCAGAAUCCACUCUCUUGGAAGGCGUUUAGUAGAUCUUUAAGGUUCUGA